AUGUUUGAAAAUAAUACUUCGGAUAGAAAGUCAAAGAAAAGAAACCCAGGAUCCAGUUCUAGAUCUGUUUGGGUAUCUGAUUCAGUAAAUAUUCCGAUAAAAAAAGUAGUUGAAAUAGAUGAUUUACAAGCUAGGCUUGCACAAAAUCGCAAAGAAAGAGAAGAAGCUAAAC